GACCACACCGUUGUGCACGACCACAGCAAAUCUUAAAAGGCCAGGUUUCGGGUGUACUUCUCUCUCUUACCAACACAAUCUCUUCACUGUAUCUUUGCGGGCCCUUUUCUGGUCUUCCUCGUCGUUGUCAACGUCUCUAUCAUCUCGACUUGUAUCUCUUACUUUAACAUAGCAUGGCCAACAACAACGCCCGUUUUCAGACUCGCAGUCGUGUCGGCGUUCAACGUUCCAAGGUGAACGGCGACGAAAACGCAACCAGCAAACAUAUCCGUCAAGCUUCUGGCCUCGUCGGUUCCGGUGCUUCUCGAGCAUCCGCCGUCCUCAAUGGCAUCAAAGCAAACGUUCAGCGCCCUGCUCUCGGUGAAGUCACCACCACUGCUGUCAACCGCAAGGAUGUGGCAGGCAAAGCCACAGGUAAAGACAACCUGAAGGAGAGCACUGAGCAUGGAUUGAAGCGAAGUCGCUCAUCUUC